UGUCCUAAUCUCAAUCUGUUCUGCUGCUAAAAGAAGUCUCAAACUACUUCUUAAGGGUAUUUGUAAAGCGAAAACCUUAAAUUUUGUCGAUAUUUGAUCGUGAUUUGUAUAAUACGUCGCAACGUGGUCAGUUUACUCCUGCGUCGCUGAAGAGUAAAGAUGAGUUUAGAUCAAUCCUCGAAGUCCUUAGCAGUGGUCGACUGGGUGAUAAUAGCCAUUUAUUUUCUUGGCUGCAUGAUCGUCGGUUUGUGGGUAAGUGUAAAACAAGUGUUGUAAAUAUGAUGUAGAAGCGUCGAGACAUGACUGAGCAAACUAAGGCUUAUGUUAAUUUUGUCUAUGCGUAGAACGGGCUGCUACAACCGUCAAAUUUACAAACACACAACAUUGCCAGCGUGGAUUAUGCUAAUCGUUGAACUUUGAAAAGGUUCGCUUUAAAGAUUCGCAAUAUUUGUCGUCGAUGGCUAAACAUUCAUUUUGUUUGGCGUCGAUCGCCCGGCAACAAAGUUUAGAUCAAAGAAUACCGCAAUCGAAUAUUGCAUGCAUUUGUAAACAUGUAUUUUUCAGGAAAUAUACAUAGUCAGAAACAUUGAUGUGGACAUAUUUUUCCCCCGAGACCAGUUUUGAUUAUUUAUUUCACAAUUCGGAUAUUACUUACUUAACUCGCUUAAAAACUAAUUGCUCAUUUAGAGAUCAAUUCUGGAUUUUAAACGCGAAUGCACUUUAGCUCUAAUAAUAGUUUGAUUUCACGAUAACACAUCGGCUCGCUGUUUUGCCUGCAUCGUUGUAAGUGCUACACAUAUUGAAUUACGGAAGUACCGUAAUUCUUUGACGAAAAACAAAGGAAAUCAUUGUUACCUUGUAUGCAAGGAUAAUACUGCUUGAUAAGACAACAUGAAUUCUAGUAAUAUUCGACUUCUUAUCUGUAAUAGCCUAUUGUGUAAACCCUCAUCAUAACUAUCAAAAUCUACUCCUUGGCUCAUACAGUCAGCUAUCUCUACGACGGACCCACACGGGCCACUGGGUUUCUCUGAAAUAAGGUGUCUGCCUUGAAAUGGUCCAAAAAUGAUUGAAGAAUGGGGGAACUACAGUAACCAAGUGUUUUUUGUGUUUAUUUACUUCAAGCUUGCUUGUAAUCGUGGUUCAAUGUUUGUAAAUAAAAAAUGCUUCAGCUUUCGUUUAACAAGUUGCAACUUGUGGGAUGGAAUAGGGUCCAUCUCUUAACUUUGUUCAACAAUGUUCAACAAGUUGAAUCACAUUAAGCGUAUUUCAACAUGGAAAGGCACACUGUUCAACAUUAUUUUGUUGAUUACGAGCUGCAAAAUUUGUUGAUCAAGAAAAAGUUGAAGUGCAUCCAUAGACUAUUUUAUAUGCAGCAGUCAGAUCUUUACCCAGAACAAACUGCAUGCGAAAUGGAAAGUGAAUGAUACCAAAGCUACAUCUACAGGCCACCAAAACAGAUUUUUUGUAGAGGAAUAAAAUCUUAUUUAUCAAUUUAAUUGAUAAAUAAGUUUUAUUCCUCUACAAAAAAUAGAAAGUUUUAUCAUAAGCUCUGUGAGCAGCAGUUACUGGCCCCAAGCCAACCCUGAGAGUAAUAUUUAAUUCGAUCUUAAAUGGGCAUUGUUAGUCUGCUCUAGUGGUACUUAACUAAUGAGAAAAUAUUCACAUUAAAAUAACCUUGAAGAUAAUGGCCACAGUUUGUUCCAAUGAGUAGCUAGAUGGUGCAGAACUUUUCAAGGUUUACCACUUUUCUGGAAGGAAUGCACAUAAUAAAUUGUAUAUAGAAUUCAAAAAACUUCAAUGAGUAGCUUUGCUCAGCUUUGCAGGGGCAUCAAGAUUCAAGGCUGUUCAUGCUCUAGUACUGCCUUAAGAGCAGCUUCCGGUGACAACAUGAGAUAAGGAUUUUGGAUGUGUUUUUGUCUUGUUUAUGAUCUGUGGGGAUCCCUACAAUUUUUGCUUGAGUACUGCUACAGCUAUGAGUUUUGUUAUGAAAAGUUAAGUUAAGAAGUUAUAUAUCAAGUUAUAUUUCCAGUUUUUUCUAUUAGUUUUGUUAUGAAAAGUUAAGUUAAGAAGUUAUAUAUCAAAACUCUUCACUCUGUGUCAGACAAGGAGAAUCUUUUUUCCAGCAAGAGACUUUCUAUGCUCAUGGACUUGUAACUAAAAUUUAAUGAUGGUUUGAAAUAAAAAAAAAUGAUAUAGAUACACAGGCAGUCAUUGGAGUUACAAUAUAAUUUUGGGUAAUUUUUGGAACUUUUGUAGAGUAUAAGAAGGAGAAAGUCAUUCAGCCAAUGAGACAUUUUUGCCACAAAAAUCUUUCUAUUUACCCCGCAAGCAGAGUUUCCUUUGGUCAUCCUAGAGACAGUGCUUGCAGGGGACAUUAUUUUCAUUUAGCUGAAGAAAAACAGUGCAUUCUGUGAAUCUGCAAAUUCAUCACUCACAUGUGCAAGCUUGUGGAAACAUGGCGAGACCUGGUGUAAUUAAUUUUCCUUCCGGGCAGGGUGGUUCAACUUUUUUUUAUCAAGAGUGUUAUUGGUUUUAGCCAAGAUGCAGUUUAGGAGUAAACGUUUAUCUGAUCAAACAAAAUCUUCAGUGGACUGAAAACAAUGUAAUUCAAACAAACUCAAAAUGUAAUUUCAGCAUUUCAGCAAAAAUGCCUCUAUUCAGCGUCCUAUGUGCAGUGGGUCAUGAUUGUAUUGUUCACUUAUCUCUGAUCUGUCCUGUCUGGGUUAUAACAGGGAGCUUAUUAGCAUGAGCAAGUGGGGGAGUUAAUAAGGCAUGCAUAACAUGAAUGUUGCUUGCCAAAGGCUGAAAUUCCAAUAUAUUUCUAAAGACCUCUUCAAAUUCAGAGUGUGACCUAAAGCAGUGAAACCCUUGUGACAGGGGUGAGCUGAUAUAACCUGCAUAAUUUUUAUAAAAAAAUUUGAAACUCUUGUUUCCUCUUAUACUUCCUGAACUAUGCUAAGCACUGUACAUGAAGUUGGUAGAAGUCGCCAAAAUGAUGAUCUAUUUUUGUAUUUUCUUAUUACCUCACUGACUAUUUUAAGCAGUUAUGAUAUUAGUUAAAAUGAAUUUUGAUGAUAAUGAGAGUCAGAUAUAGACUUGAGAUGCCAUGAGGGUGGUUUGUGUUAGGUCCUCCCACAGGGUAGUAGGGGCCGGAACUCUUAACAUUUUUGGCUGUUACAUUGCCUUAUUUGGAUGCUGAAACAUGCUGAAACCAAACAUGUUUUUGCUGCAACAUUUUGAAUCAUUUACUUCAAUGUAAACAUAAAUUUCUUUCAUAAUAAUCCAUCGGAUCAUAGGGAUUAUUAUAAGGAAAAAAUUAAAUUUUAAUACCAUAACUUCCUCAUACAAUGCAAAGUGUCCUUCAAAAUGAUACCUCCAAUUCAGAUAAUUCUCUGACUGUAUACAAUAUACAUUGUGGGUUUUUUUUUUUGGCUCAUAUGUAUUUCUCCAAGCUUAAUUAACACACAGUAAAUACAAAACAAUACAGAAUAGUUCUUACUUGGGCUAAAAUUGUAUGCACAGAAAACAACACAGAGGUUCAUUCAGAAAUCAUAAGAUAAUAUUGUUUUAAGCAGAGUCAAAUCUCAGAAAUAACAAUUACAACAGCGUCAACAACAAAUGAAAUACAUAGGCACUUUGAAAGGAAGAAUAGGAGAUUAGUAGUACUUUAUGUGAAAGCUGCCUAUGAAUGACCAUGCAGUGCCAUAAAGAUGUGUAACAAUAUAUUAUUAUUAUUGAGGUUGAAGUAGAAAAUUACCAGUAGCAGAACAUACAUUGUAUCAUACUUGCUGUUAUUGCCAAUGCUCUGAGACCCCAGUAACACCUGUUUUGUUAUAUAAUAGAUUUUAUAAAGCUACAAUAAGUAGAUGUAGUGUCCAUGUCCACUGUUCUUUUUUACAUAAAGUUUGUUUUUACAGAAAAUGGGGAAGAAAAAUGGGGGACUCUCUGAUGCUUGUGUUGGUGUAAUUCUGAGUGUCUGCUUUGAAGUGUCCUCUACAUUAUAUCUGGGAUUAAAUAAUACUAUUAUACAUGGAACAUUUUCAAUGUUACGAUAAAAGCUUGUUUGUUUUAGUCCAAAUUCAGGAAACAGAGAGGCAAGGAAGAAACUGCAGAAACCUAUUUUUUGGCCGGCAGGUCUAUGAUGUGGUGGGCGGUAAGUACAUUUUACAUUCAGUCCUUUUGUAAUAACUUUGAAUUUUCUUUCUUGGUUGAAUUAUUGUUUCCACUUGGAAGGUUAGGGUUGGAAGUUACUUUAUUUCUUCGGGAUCUAUGACUGUCACUAAUUUGUAUUAAUGUUAAUUGAAUUGUUAGGUUGGGCCCAGUUUGUUUGCCAGUAACAUUGGUAGUGAGCAUUUUGUUGGUCUGGCUGGAUCAGGUGCAGCAACAGGCAUUGGAGUUGUAUCCUAUGAAUGGCAGGUACAGGCACAUUCUGUUUAGGGCUGUGUACAUGGAGGGAGGGAAGAUCCUAGCUAAUACUAGGAAGAUCAUAGAAGGCCAAACUCCCUUAACUUUCUGUUGAGUUAACUUGCAGAAAUUUUAGUCAGUGUGGUGCCCAAGUAGAGAAGGUUUGAUUGGGAAUUAAAAAUUGUGGGCAACAAAAGCCAAAUGUAGUUUGGGCCCUUCUGUUCUCUUUGCUAGCAUUAACAAGAAACUUUCCGCAGAAUUAUCACAAUUAUCAGGUCAUGGUAACACCAAACAAAAUGGUUGGCCUCUAUGGCUGUGAUUGUCCACUGAACGAACCGUCAGUGACCAUUUUUGCAGUCUGGUUUGUCCCUAGUACUAGGAUCUUCUUAGCGAAGGCAGUUUAUAUCAGGUGCUGGAUCUUUUGUUGUGCUACCUCUCAGCGAGGACGAUCUUAGUACUAGGAAGAUCCUAGCCAGGGUUGUAUCUAGGAUUUAGCGUCAGGGGGAGAAGUCCCAAGUGGGUGAAGGCCCUAAGCUUCCUAGGGGGGGCCUGCUGAGAUGCAAUCUGGUGCAUUUUGAGACACAAUUUUGAGAAAUGUUACAGUGUGUCACUUCUGAAUGAUUCUUCCAACACAGUUACUUAUAUACUGAAUAUAUACUAUAUACUGAAAUGAUAACAAUAUUUUUGCAGGGGAGGCUGGGUUUUCUGGGGUGGGGGGAGCUUCUACCCCUCAAAUACCCUAGAUAGAACCCUGCUAGCAGUAGAGACAAGUACAACCCUUUGCAUGUAAACCGAAUACAGAAAACACAUGGCGCUGCAGGUAUAAUCCACCUUCAAGGAUCUUCCUGGUGUUAGACCUUCCUCUCUCCACGCAAACAGCCCAAAGUGACGAGUAUUGAUGGAUCAAUGAAACAGUAAAAAUUUGAAUGUCAAAUUUCAAUGAAUGUUCCAAUAUUUAAGUUAAUUAUGAGGACUGAAUAGUGGGCAUUGAGUUACUAAGUCGAAGGUUAGCUUUUUUUUUCAAGUAAUACAAUUUCAUCCCAUGUUAAUAAUAUAUCGGCCCUUGAUAAGGUUAUUAUUAUGAUCAUUAGCAUUAUUAUUAUUCAUUGUCAUUGCAUGCAUGUAUUAAUUCAUGUAUAUUUUUGUAGGCAUGCUGGAUUCUGCUGCUUCUUGGCUGGAUUUUCGUCCCAAUCUACAUCCGAUCCAGGGUUAGUAUUGACAGUAUUCAUUACUUGUUGCAUGUUCAUUGCACAGACUAUUUCACAAACAUUUUACACACCAACCACAAAAAGCAUUUCUCUUUGGUAGACACCAGUAAUGCUUCAGAGUGCAAAGAAAAUCAUUUUUACAGCUUGCCAUUCGGGCAAGCUGAAGCUAGCAUUUACUAGCCCAGAUGUGAUUUCAACUAGCCCCAAAAACUUUUUGACUGGCAGAAUUGAUUUCAUAGUUCUUCUGUUAUUCGAAUUCCUCAAAAAAAAUCACUUGCCUGUUGGGCAAGUUAAAAACAGAAUUCACGAGCCCUAUAGCAAAAUCCACUAGCCCCAGGCUAUCGGACACUACUCUUUGCACGCUGUGCUUACCACUCUACUGGAUCUAAAAUUAUAAGAGAACUUUCAGGGUAACAGUUGCAAUUAAAUCACUAAUAUUAUGCUGCAUUAGAGUAGGGGAGUGUAUCAUUCAGGCAGCGAGUAAAUUUCAUGAGGUACUGGUGUGGUUUGGCAACACUUGCUUACAUUAUUUUUUCUUAUUUUUUUUUUCUGCUACUUAACAGAAAAGCAUUGAAUAAAUGUCAUGACAAAUAAAAGUGCUUGACUGUUAGUCUGCAUGAGUGCCUCAUUGAACAUUCAAUAAACACAAACAAUCUCUUAAUCUUGUACAAUAAUUGUAAUUAAAUUACACAAUUAUUGUGUAAUUUAAUUAAAUGUACAUGUAUAAUACACGUAGAAUCUGACAUAAUGCAUAAUGUUUAAAAAUAUUUAGGUGUUUACAAUGCCUGAAUUUCUGCAAAAGAGAUUCCAGAAUCAGUGGAUCCGAACAUAUUUGACUGCUGUGGCUUUGAUCUCCUAUGUGUUUACCAAGUUCUCAGUGAGUUUUCAUUUUGCUUGUUAACUUUUUAUAUAAUUACAUGUAUUUGCAGUCUGAUUUAAAGUUAGUGAAAGGCCUUCAAUAAAAAUAUGAAAAAGUUAGCAAAUCAUGCAUCCAAAAAGGUUUUUUAAAUAUAGUUGUUAUGGAGAACUGAUACCAUCGUUUUUGCUACAUCAAAUACCCCCCUUCCCCCCAAAUAAGCCCCCCAUCUCUGUUUAAAAAAAAAAUCAAAAUUGUUUGAAAUAGCCCCCAGGAGGCUUAAUAGAGGAGUUAUGGUAAGAUCAUUGUUGCGUACAAUAAAUUGCACCAUAACAUUAACUCAGAAGUCCUCGUAGUGAGCGUACAGUGUGUAACGUAUCAAAAUAAUGUUUCGUUAGGUUGAUAUCUACGCUGGAAGUUUGUUUCUGUAUGAAGCUGUUGGUUGGAAUAUUUACAUCUCUGCUGCUGCCACUUUGGCAAUAACUGCUAUCUACACAGUCCUGGGUAUUUAAACUUAUUCUGCUAUUUGUUACUUUUGAUAGUAAUGUUUUGUGCUUAAAAAAAUGAUUUUUAGGGACAGUCUCAGUGUGACACAGUUUCUAUUUCAAGUAAACACAAACUGGACACCGUGGUAAGACAUGUAGAGGACUGUGUAGCAUAAAUUUAUGCAGACUUAAGUAUGUGGGACAAAUAUGAUGUAAUUUCAAUUUCUGUUGUCACUUAGUCAUAACAGUCGCAAUCAUUAAAGUCCACAUCACUCAUCCAUCAGUACAGUAAUCUUAUACAUUCAGCUCCAUUGUUAACCCUUUAAGCCCCAAUAUCCACAUACAAAUUCUCCAAACCGAUCUCUAUACAUUUCUUUUAAGAAUUAGUUAAGAGAAUUUGAUAAAAGAUCAAAGUAUUUUCUCUUAGGUGAUCAUUUUAUUAAUUCUCUUAACCUCACCUCAUGACAAUGUAUGGAUAUCGUUAGGAGAAAAUUGCUGUUGGUCACUAUCGGGACUUAAAGGGGCCAUAUAUAAUCUAUAUACCAUGGAUAAAUUCGGUAACAGUGCUGUGGCUAAAAUUUCAAGUUGCUGGGUAUAUCCGUUUAGUAGGAGGGGAAUUGCACAGCAAGGAAGUACUUUUGGUUCUAUUUUCCUUUUGUUUCCUAUGAAAGUAGCCGGGGUCUCAUGCUCAUAAUAGCCAAGGAAUGUCCCCAACCCCAGGAUCUUAGUGACAGCCCUGAUGAGUACCAUGCUGCACUUUAAGUUAAGACAUUCUGUCUUAAGGUGUAGGGGCAUUUACAGUUACUUGAAUUGGGGAUAAAUUUCAUAAUGUACAAGUUUCAGACCUGGGAGUUGCUUCAUGUAGUUCCAAGGGGGUGGGGGUGCAUUUAUGCAAAGCUGGGCCAGGUUGUUCAAAGCAGGGUUAAGAUAACCCAGGGCUAGUGCGAAAUUUGAAUCCAGAUAUGAAAACUUAAAAUGCAAAUAAGUUUUAUUCUUUUUGCCUAUAAUUUGAUUAGUGGAUGCUCUAAAAAGAAUAGAGAAAAUUAUCCAGGAAAAUGCUUUGAACAAAAGAAAAAGAAACUCAGGUUAAAAUUUAACCCUGUGUUUGCACUAACCAGCUUGCGAACAACUGGGCCCUGAAGACUUACCAUAAAAUUCCGAAAAUAAGCCCCUCCUUGUAUAAGCCCCUCCAAAUAUAAGCCCCCCAAACUCGUGACGCUCGGGGGCUUGUACUUGGAAAAUUGCCCUCAAAUACAAAGUAAAACAAAGCAAAAACGGUAAAUUUACUUCCAAAUAUAAGGCUAGCCCAUUUGAUUUUGAAACCCAAAUUUCCCUCCCUAGAUAAGCCCCUCCGAAUAUAAGCACCUCCAAAAAUAAGCCCCUCAAAAAGGGCCUUGAAAAAAUAUAAGCCCUGGGGCUUAUUUUCGGAAUUUUAUGGUAUUUGAGUACAGCUGUACUUAGCAUACUGUGCACUCUUGGUUAUUAUCCCAGGUGGCCUGACUGCUGUGAUCUACACAGAUGUCCUUCAGUGUACCAUCAUGCUUCUUGGGGCUAUUGUGCUGGCAAUCAUGAGUAAGUACUAUUAUACAAAAUUAAUAGAUAUGGUUCUUCAACUGCCUAUUACUGGCCAUGACAAGCCAUGGGUACUUAAAAUUUAACACUGUAAAGCCAGAAAUUCUGGUUGGAAACUCAAAUGGCUCGCACAAUUUCAUUUGGGAAGCUUCGUCAGAAAUUGUGGGUUGUAAUGUGAGAGAAGGCAAUUUUUCUACACUAUUUUGCCUGUCCAACUUAUUAGGAUAUACUUUGUAGUGGGUUGUUCUGGCAUGAAUUUGUUAAUGGUAAAGCACCCACAUAUCCCAUGAAUCAUUUUCUGACAUUAAUUUGGUAUCAGGAACAAAACAUUACGCAGCCCAUACCAGUAUCAGUCAUCUUGUAAGAGUUUUGAGCGAAAUUUCCAGGUACAGAUGGGUUAAACAGCAGUCUCAAAUAAUUAUUAUGAAGCAUUAAUAAUUUCACAUUUUUUUUUUUUUCUUUUUUUCAUGUGUUAAGGCUUUGUCAAAGUUGGAGGAUAUAAUGGCCUUUGGGGAAAGUAUGCAACCGCUGUUGGGACAUCAGUUCAUGCCACAAUGGCUCCAACAGCAGCAACAGCCGGCAACAUCUCAACUACAGUUGCAACUAUUGCAACAACUAUGGUCAAUCUUACCAGUAACAUGACCACUCCCUCACCAACUAAAGGAUCAGAUCUCGAGGCCUGUUUCAAAGUAACUCCAUAUUGGGGUAACAUGUUUCGACCCCUGGAUGAUCCUGGCUACCCCUGGCUUGGCCUGUGGACAACGCUGCCCAUCAUGGGAGUUUGGUAUUGGUGUACUGACCAGGUAGAAUAAGAGUUCUUAGUGUGUACUGGCAUAGGGUGCUUACCAUUUGACAGGAAAAUCCAGUUGGGGUGUCAAAAGCAUAAUGGUACACAAUUUACCAGUCUACCAUAGAAUUGCCACAUCCAUUACAGUUUGAAUCCAAAAAAAGGGGUGAAUUUGUGUAGUACAAGAAGUUGGUAAAUGGUACAUCUAAGCCACAUUUAGUUUGGUUUGUACAAACUGGAAUGAAUGGACUACCUCAAAUCAUACUCCUCAAAUGUUUCUGGAAUUUCCGAAAAGUGAGCUUACCAUUUACCUUCCAUCCGGAAUUUCCAAAAUUUUCUGUCAAACAGUAAGCACCCGUGAUCUUCAUGUAAAACUUACAAUAAGGAAUAAAAGCUUACUUGAAUUUUACUUUUCCUUCAUGGUGCGUUUCAGAAAUGCAUUAACUGGUGAAGCAGAUAAGUACAUGCUUUUCAGUGAGACACAGCACUUUGGCAGCUUUUCUGUUGUGUACCAUCUCAUACGUUGCCUUGAAAUUCAUAAUUAUGUAUUAAUCAUUUCAUCUUCAUCUUUCUUCGGUAUAUCAUUAAUCCAUUUAAUAACCAACUGCAUAAGUUAUUAUGUUGCAUCUUUAACUGCAAUGGCCUCCUUUGCAUUUAUUGGGUUAAUUGUUAGUAGAAAUCAAAAUCCUAUGAAAAUAGAGGAUAUUACAUGGCCACGCGGAGAUACGAAAGUUCUCUUUCAGUCUUGAAAAAUAUUUCAUGCGUGAUUAAAAUUACAAGUAUUAGAAAUUAGUUCUAAAUGCAAGUGAUCUGAUUGUGUUCAAUACAUUCCAUUCAUUCUUAGGGGAAGUCCAAACGAAGGUGGCUGCAUACGUGCGGUUUAUCCCUAGCAACCUGUAGAUUAGAAAUGCAGUCUCCUCUUGUCACCUGCAAUUAAUUAAUACAUCUACAUUUCUAGACAUAGUUAUAAUCAAAUUUAAAUUUAUGAUUUUUUUUUUUAAUUUUUUCCUAGGUGAUUGUUCAACGAGCUCUUGGUGCCAAGAACAACGUCCAUGCCAAGGCUGGCUCAAUUUUGGCUGGUUUCUUGAAAAUCCUUCCAAUUUUCAUCAUGGUUAUGCCUGGUAUGAUUGCUCGUGUGUUGUAUGCUGAUUCAAUUGCUUGCCCAGACCCUGAAUCCUGUGUUUUCCACUGUGAUAACAAAUGGGGAUGUACUAACAAUGCUUAUCCCAAGUAAGUUAAUUAGAUUGAUUACCGUACCUGCCUUAGCUUGUCUCCCUCCUAGUGUCUUUGCCAUCUGUUUUAUGCAGUUACAGGCUUUCCGAUAGACUGCAAAAAUUAAGUAUAGUGAACUCAUGAAAUUAUGCAGACAUUUCUGGAGGUCAGCUAUUUCAUCUGCCUGUAAUACCGUAUAAAGUGCAGUGCAGUUUUAAGCCUCCUGAAAGAGUGUUAAGAUGGAAUCCACCAGGAAAUUGAGUAAUUUUAAUUUUCAGUGGACAACAACCUUGUACUAGAAUAAUUUAAAGCAUAAUUAUUGCAUUCAAAUUUAUAUUUUUGAAGGGCUUAUGAUGUAAUUAGUCAUCUGCAAUAUGAGCAAAUGAAAGUCAAAUUUCACAAAAUUACAUCUUUUACAUGAAAUUUUCAGAAAUUUACCGGUGUUGUCACAACAAUAAUUGUGAAAUUUGGCAUUCAUUUUCUCGGACUCCCAUGAGAAAUUUUCUUUGGUGUUAAUACAGAUGACUUAUUACAUCUUUAGCCCUUCAAAAAUAUAAUAAAGAAUGCAAUAUUCUUUAAAUUAUUUUGGUACAAAGUUUUUGUCCACUGAGAAUAAAAAUUGCUCAAUUUCCUGGUGGAUUCCUUCUUAAUACUAUAUGAAGUAAAUUAUGCAAACAUCCUGAAACUCACAUUAUACAGCAAAGAAAUGUUUAUUAUGAUGGUGUUAAAUAAAGGAUGGAAAAUACCAAUAUUUAACGGUUUAGUGGUAAGCCAGUGACAUAACAUGUAUAAAGUAUGCACUGUUAUGUCUUAAGUGGUAAUUAUUGUCUGACAAGAGAGAAAUUAUGUCAUCUGAAGAUUUUUUUUUCCUUUUUUUUUUAGACUGGUUCUAAAUGUCCUUCCGGUUGGUCUGGUGGGGCUUAUGAUGGCUGUUAUGAUGGCAGCAUUGAUGUCUUCACUUUCAUCAGCUUUCAACAGCAGUGCUACCAUCUUCACUGUUGAUAUUUGGUUGCGUGCAAGGCCUCGGGUAUGUUAAACACAGAUGCAUUGUUUGGUGGAUUUUGAAGCUCUGUUAGAAUCAUUGCAGUUGGAAAAAAUUAGGUUGCAUGUCUGCAUGUAUUUCUAGCCAUGAUUCAUUUCUCUCUCUUAUGUCCAGAAAUGCACACAACUUGGACCUUGGGUAGUUCAUAUUACUACUAAAUCGGCCACAGCUGAGCCAAGCCAAUACUUCAUAUUGGCACAAUAUUAUUUGUAAUUUCCAUAUCACUAAAUGUUUGACAGAGUAGCUUGUGUUAGUGUGAGGUAAUGUGAGUCUCAUUAGUGUGCAUUUCUGGACAUAACUAAUUCCUUCUGAAAAAUUCAAAACACUUUUACAAUAAUAAUUAUUAUUUAAUCUCAUUUUGUCGGAAGAAACAAAGAAUUCCAAAAUUGAUUCAUCAGCCUAGCAGCAGUAUACUGAUCACAUGACUCAGAAUAAUGAAAUAAAAGUUAGUGUUGGAUGAAGUUAUGGAAAUGCAUGUGAUCCUGGAAGGACCUCGAAGGGAUGCAUUAUAUUUUCGCGAGAAGAUCAAACUUUAACUGUAUUUUAAAAAUGUUUCUCUUUUGUUCAUUCCGUAGGCUUCAGAGAGAGAACAGGUCAUCGUGGGCCGAGUGGUUGUUGCUGUUCUUGUUGGCGUCAGUUUGUGCUGGCUGCCUGUCAUCAAAGGAUCUGCUGGAAAGGAACUGUUUGUUUAUAUUCAGACCAUUCAAUCCUACCUGGCUCCUCCUAUCACCAUGGUGUUUGGACUGGGUAUCCUGUGGACUGGUCUUACUGCUGCCGGUGCAUUAUCAGGGCUCAUCAUUGGUUUUAUCCUGGGAAUGGCCAAGUUUAUUGCUGGAAAUGUCUACUCGAGCCCUGAAUGCGGCAAAGAAGAUGAUCGCCCAGGAUUUGCAAAGAUGCACUUCAUGUAUUAUGGUGAGAAUUGCUACUAUCUUAAAUACUACUGCAGACCUAUAGAAAUUAAUUCAUCUUCAUUGCCAUGGACAAAGGCUCAAAAAUUUAAAAACAACAUAUUUUUCUUGAUCACGAACAUGACUGUUAUUACCUGGAAUGUAAGAUAUUAUGAUGGUCCUUCCACAAUUUCUUAACCUUGCAUCUUAGAUGUGCAGUCCUAAUUGUCUGCAGUUGUCAAACUUUGUUCUGUUUCAAUAUCAUUAUUAUAUACAUUGUAACAACUGUAAGUCACCCCAGCACUAUGUUGUUCGGGCGCUGUCUUUCAGCUGUGAACUGUCACAUAUUUUGUGCCUUAGUUUAAAGUUUGCCCCACGACCAUUCCAAGUCAUUAAUAGUAGAUGAUAAUCCUUGCCAUAUAUCUCUUUUCUUUUCGUCAGCCAUUAUCAUCUUCGGAGUCAGUGGUACUGUGAUGGUUGUGGUCAGUUUCUUCACAAAGAAAAUCCCACGAAGUGAACUUGGAGGACUGACAUGGAGUACCAUCAAUGAAGCCCCCAUUGCUUUUGGUGCCAUUGGUGAACAUCAUGACCACCAGAAGGUUGAAAAUNGGCCGAGUGGUUGUUGCUGUUCUUGUUGGCGUCAGUUUGUGCUGGCUGCCUGUCAUCAAAGGAUCUGCUGGAAAGGAACUGUUUGUUUAUAUUCAGACCAUUCAAUCCUACCUGGCUCCUCCUAUCACCAUGGUGUUUGGACUGGGUAUCCUGUGGACUGGUCUUACUGCUGCCGGUGCAUUAUCAGGGCUCAUCAUUGGUUUUAUCCUGGGAAUGGCCAAGUUUAUUGCUGGAAAUGUCUACUCGAGCCCUGAAUGCGGCAAAGAAGAUGAUCGCCCAGGAUUUGCAAAGAUGCACUUCAUGUAUUAUGGUGAGAAUUGCUACUAUCUUAAAUACUACUGCAGACCUAUAGAAAUUAAUUCAUCUUCAUUGCCAUGGACAAAGGCUCAAAAAUUUAAAAACAACAUAUUUUUCUUGAUCACGAACAUGACUGUUAUUACCUGGAAUGUAAGAUAUUAUGAUGGUCCUUCCACAAUUUCUUAACCUUGCAUCUUAGAUGUGCAGUCCUAAUUGUCUGCAGUUGUCAAACUUUGUUCUGUUUCAAUAUCAUUAUUAUAUACAUUGUAACAACUGUAAGUCACCCCAGCACUAUGUUGUUCGGGCGCUGUCUUUCAGCUGUGAACUGUCACAUAUUUUGUGCCUUAGUUUAAAGUUUGCCCCACGACCAUUCCAAGUCAUUAAUAGUAGAUGAUAAUCCUUGCCAUAUAUCUCUUUUCUUUUCGUCAGCCAUUAUCAUCUUCGGAGUCAGUGGUACUGUGAUGGUUGUGGUCAGUUUCUUCACAAAGAAAAUCCCACGAAGUGAACUUGGAGGACUGACAUGGAGUACCAUCAAUGAAGCCCCCAUUGCUUUUGGUGCCAUUGGUGAACAUCAUGACCACCAGAAGGUUGAAAAUGGAACUAUCUCUAGCCAUGAAGCUGUGGAACUCAUUGAGAAAAAUGGUGAAAUCCCUCUCUUGUUUGUUUGUUUGUUUUUGUUCUUUAUUAAGGACAACAGGCAGCAUGGCUGAGUGAUUUAGAGUGCUCAAAAUGUUAUUCUGUCUUUGUUUCAACAACAAAAUAAUGGUAUUCUUUGCUGACCAGUACUCAUCACUCCCAUACUGCAGUACAUGUACAUUAAAGUAAGAACUCUGCACACAUCCCCCCUAGUUAAUAGUUAAUUGUAUAUGGCAGGGCUGUCAUUAAUUUUCAGCAUGGCUGAGUGAUUUAGAGUGCUCAAAAUGUUAUUCUGUCUUUGUCUCAACUACAAAAUAAAGGUAUUCUUUGCUGACCAGUACUCAUCACUCCCAUACUGCAGUACAUGUACAUUAAAGUAAGAACUCUGCACACAUUCCCGCUAGUUAAUAUUUAGUUGUAUAUGGCAGGGCUGUCAUUAAUUUUUAGAGCAGGAAUAGCAAAUAAAGAUUCACCUGACUCAUCUCACAUGAAAUUUAUGGUAACACCUUGAGCUUUCCACAUUGAUCACCCAUCACAUCAAGUGAGCUCAGCUAUAACAGGUGUUACAGGUUUAUGGCCCUAAUUACAGCUCAGUAUCGUGUGUACAGUGUAUUGACUUUUGUUGUUAUUAUUGUUAUUUAUUAGGUGACAUAAGCCCAACAACCCGUGUGGAAACUUCUUUUGAUGUUGGAGGAGAUCAUGGUAUUGUUGAAAAGAAUGGUCCAGAGAAGGCCUUGAAAGAAGAAGCAAUUGCAAUCAGUGAUGCAACAAACGAAAAAGUCAAGCUCACAAUUGUGCAGUUUACUGAAGAGGAUCCCAUCCUGAAAUGGUUCUUACGAAUCAUGAGUGUCAUGCUGCUCGUCUGUUUGCUCUUCUUGUGGAUUUACUAUCGUUAACUGACAGGGAUAAAGUAACACAACCAUCAAAUAACACUUGUAGUACAUGUAUGUAUAGUGUACUAGUACACGUAGACUACGUAACUGGCAAGUUACAUGUACAGUGAAGUAUCUAUAAUGAAAAAUCUAAUUAGCUGCAUGCAUAAUGCUCUAGAACUUCUCAAGUUAACAUUGUCUUGCACUUUUACAUGCAUAUUUGCCAUAAUCAUAGCUUUGCUCUCAAAUAAAUAAUCUGUCAGUUACGCAGGCUAUUAAAUUUGUUACUCACAGUGGAACGUUAAAACAGUACUCAGGUUAUGUUGUAAUCAGGGAGGAGUGAGUCCUUUGGGGUGCCAGUUGGGAGGGCAGGGGAGCUAUUUCAAGGGAAGUGGAAAUUUUUGGUUUGGAAAAGUCAAAGUCAUCUAUUUUUAUUUAUUUUUUGUAUUUAAAUAACUUUAUCAAGACACUGACAAAGGAUAAAUGAAAAAAGUGGCACUGCAAUGGCUGUAGCCAUUGUUACAGUCAGAAGGCCCAAGGGUUGAUGGAAAGUGACCUGAAGCAUUUGUGUAUUGAGGAAAGGGGGGGUUUUCUGGGUUUGGACAUUUUUCAAAGUUGCUAUAGCCCUACAGAAAAUGACAGGCCGUACAAAAGUUCACUAUACCUCUGUAUGCUACUAAAACAUGAUAGAAUUCCACUUGUUAGCAGUAGAUCCAUUAAAAGUUAACUAAAAUCAUGAUGGAAUUCCCUGUUAGCAGUAGAUGCAUGAGCCCACUGGCAGGUUUUUUUCUUUUCAUGAAACAUGAGUCUGUAAAAGACACCUUUCAGUAUUAUUGUACAGGUUAAUACAGUUAACAUGCAAGGUUUGGGAAAGUCCUGUCCAGUCAUCUGGGGAAAAACAAUUUUUUGUUGGGCAAGUAGAUUUUCAUGCUCGCUUGUCCAAUGGGGAAAGGUAUAGACAAGUCUUAACUAAAUCGUAAAAUUAGAUAAGGAUACAAUGGCCUUGGGCAAGCAAAAUUUGAGCACUGUUUGUCCCAAGGACAAUAAGUACUCAAAUUAUAACUAUUUUAUGUUUUGAAGUCGUGAUUACGUGACUGUAGGUGAUAAUAUACAAAUACACCUGUACAUGAGCAUUUAGUGAUUUGAAAAACAUUGAUUUACAGAGAAGUUAAUUUUUGUCAAUUUUAUUACUUUUUUGGCUUCAAGGAACAAUGUAACAUAGUACUACUGCUGGUCUUACUUUCUUAAACAAGUUGUGAUAUUGUAUCUAGUUUGCUACUAGUGCACACUUUAAAAUUCCUUUAGAGUUUCGAGAGGCUUCUGGUUGUAAAUUCCAGGGACAGAAUGGCAGAUACAUGUAAUGUGGGUGGGGCAAUUACUUCAGGGAUACACUGUAUUAAACCAGAAAAAAAGGAAAUAGGAAAGGGGGUUAGUGGGGCCCUUGUGUUCAGUGUAAGUUAUAGUUUAUUAAUUUUAUGUUGAAAAUCAAAAUAAUACUGACAUCAACACAAAAGUACUUCUGACGAGGUUCAUUUCUACAGUAUCAUGUGACUACUCCAACAGGGACCUUAAUUUGAGGCCAUUGCUUGAAACACUACCUCAGCUGUCUUCACAAAGUUAACUCUAGCAUUGUUGUUUUUGCAAAUGGUGCAUUCACUAAGGAACAUUGAUUUAUCUGUAAUUUUUUCCCACAAGGUGAGGCAGAUGUGCACAGGAUUCCCACCUACCCCCAUAUUAAAAAUUUGGAGAUGAAUGCCUUAAUUGAGUGUUAGUCAACACAAGACGUGUGUCAUUUUUAUUGUAAAAAAAAAACAUUGCAAACAAAGGGUGUGGAUUAUUUUUAUGGUCGACACUGUGUUAAUAGAAAAGACCUCAGAAUGUUGCAAUUUUUGCAUUGAAAAGCUGUCACGGGAGACCUUAAAUCCCAUUGUGGUGUAAGGAUCAUAAUAGUAUGGCGUAGUAAUUGUUUCAGUAUUAGAGGGCAGGUUAAGUCUUAUGAAUUGUCUUUUUAAGAAUGAAGUUGUCAAAUGUUGUUCCUAGUGGCUUAGUUAUGCAUGGUUAAUUUGUAUUAGGAAGAAGAACAGUGCAUAGAAGAUGCUGAAGUAGUAUUAAAUAUUGUCGAAUAAGUAUAAAGUUUGGUUCUGCUUGAUAGACAUUGUGUGCAUUCAUUGUACAUUAAAGGCUGCUAACGCUUUACUCACACUUGCAGCUUAAUAAUGAUCAGUUAUAAUUUGUAAUAAUAAAUAGCUUAUUAGAUCUUGUGGGGGCAGGUUAAUGAAACCCAGUAGCAAAACGACACAAUAUUUCUGAAUCGGCCAGGAAGGUCUGGUAUAAGUGAGAAUUUAACUCAUUCCUGUCCUCAUUGGCCCUUUGCAGUUCUUGCCACUGGCACCUAGACACAAGAGUCUUGGCUCCAGUCGACAAGUAAGAGGGCAGCGGGUUUGUUGCAGGUUUUUUUAGCUUCUGAGCCUGCAUAGCAUGGCAGGCGCUGAUUGAGCAGCUAAGCGCCUGGCAAUUUUUUUUUAGUACCAUGGAUGUAAUUUCUUUGUUUUAUGACUCUGCCCCUACUAUCUAAUCAAAUCAUGUGAUCAUUAUAUCAUUGAUCAUAUGAUUAUUAUCUAUUUAAGUAUUACUCUUUGUGUGUUGAUAAUCAAGGUCUUAAAGAUAGUUUUAAUCAUACAAAUUUUAUAGCUGAGUUUUUAUAUAAACUUGCAUUACUUAUAUAACUAGAAGGGGCAGUAUGCACAGGAAGAAAUGUUGCGUGCUUCAGUAGAGGGUAACUCCUUUAUUUGCUUGCAACUUUUAACUUGUACACACUGUCCAUGGGAGAGCAUAAUCAAUACAUAUCGUAGUUUACAUAUAUUUUGGUAUAUCCUAAUCAUAUCCAUGGAAUAAUCAUGGUAAAUAUUGUUUAUUAAAGUGUGUUGAUUAUGUGGUUUAUAUGUUUUGGUAUAUCCUAACUAUAUCCAUUGUGUAAUGGUAAAACUGGCUAUUUAAUGCGUGCGGAUUAAAGGCUGAUAUGCCAAAUGUUAGAAAGGUGUGAAUGCUUUUCUGGUCAUUUCUUAUUGCUGUUAUGUAAUUUACGACACAAAUCGUCUUUGGUUUAUAGGUCUCAUACACUGUUGUCGGAAUUCCCUACCAACUGGUACAUUCCACAAGUGGGUACUUGGAAUGUAGCCUCCAAAAGGUUGCCACCGUGACCGCGAGGACGCGUGUGGGGUCACCCGCGAGGUUCGCGUGGAUUGAUACCGACGCGGUUCUUUAAACGUUUGAUUUUCAGAGCGACCUUGCAAGCUAAUAAACUGUCAAAAUGACGUUAAAUGUUUGGUAGAUAGUCUAAAUUUGUAGUCUUGUUCGGGUGGAGGGAAGGAUUAACCCCGGGGGAUUAACGUAAAUUAAAUUUUGCUCUAGGUGGAUUAUCAAACAUCGCGUCUUUAAAAAAUUCAGCUGGUCGACAUUAUGUUUAUAUGCUUAAAUUUUCCCGUAGCACAGUUUUCAACCCUCCUGAAUUACGUCAACAACAUUCAAAAAUUGUUGGGCAACUUGUAAACAUUUUUUGUCAGCCGACAACAGCGGUGCCCUCCUAUUCUUUCAACCCUGUGACUAAAAAUAUUGAACGCCUGUUGUAAUUUUAUCCGGCAAGUAUGGCAGGUCAGAUUCUGCAUGUCAAAAAACAGGUCACCCGGCCUACUACAGAUCAAUAAACAAGACCAGAAGUGUCUUCUAGCCGUAAACCCUAUCCAAAAUGUUGUUUUUUAUCGAGGGGAAACUAUUUGGUUUAGUUCGCCGGUCAAUAAAACAGUGACCAGUAUAAAUCGUGACCCAUGGAAAGCGACCUGUUUGAGAAACCUCUCUUUUCUACUUUUCGUCAACAAUUGAACUCUUAAAAACAUAACAAUGUCUUACGUAGUGAAAUACACUAAUGAUCAGUGCGUACAUUUGCUCGUUAUUUCUCAAAGAGUACAAACAAAAUGGUCUAGAAACACUUACGUUUCGCCUUGCUUGUCACGUUUGGUUAUCAUGAGAUGAGAAUUUACCGUAUGUCACGAGAGCCUCCUUCACGUUGAAAAUGGACAGCGGCAAACGAGCGCCCCUCCAUCCGCGGCGGGAAAGUGUCAUCUUGAUCACGUGACUAUCCGUUUUUAAAAUUGCAAUCAAGCAUUCCAUUUCAAUCAACUUCAAUCAUCACGCAAUAUUUUACUUUAAACCAGAAAAAAAGGAAAUGGGAAAGGGGGUUAGUGGGGCCCUUGUGUUCAGUGUAAGUUAUAGUUUAUUAAUUUUAUGUUGAAAAUCAAAAUAAUACUGACAUCAACACAGAAGUACUUCUGGAGAGGUUCAUUUCUACAGUGUAAUGUGGCCACUCCAACAUAGAUCUUAAUUUCAGGCCCUUGCUUGAAACACUACAUCAGCUGUCUUCACAAAGUUAACUCUAGCAGUGUUGUUUUUGCAAAUGGUGCAUUCACUAAGGAACAUUGAUUUAUUGGUAAUUUUUUCCCACAAGGUGAAGCAGAUCUGCACAGGAUACCCACCUACCCCCACAUUAAAAAAUUUUUAGAUGAAUGCCUUAAUUGAGUGUUAGUCAACACAAGAGGUGUCAUUUUUAUUGUAAAAAAAAACAUUGCAAACAAAGGGUGUGGACUAUUUUUAUGGUCAACACUGUGUUAAUAGAAAAGACGUCAGAAUGUUGCAAUUUUUGCAUUGAAAAGCUGUCAAGGGAGACCUUAAAUCCCAUUGUGGUGUAAGGAUCAUAAUAGUAUGGCGUAGUAAUUGUUUCAGUAUUAGAGGGCAGGUUAAGUCUUAUGAAUUGUCUUUUUAAGAAUGAAGUUGUCAAAUGUUGUUCUUAGUGGCUUAGUUACGCAAGGUUAAUUUGUAUUAGGGAGAAGAACAGUGCUUAGAAAAUGCUGAAGUAGUAUUAAAUAUUGUCGAAUAAGUAUAAAGUUUGGUUCUGCUCUGCUAGACAUUGUGUGCAUUCAUUGUAAAUUAAAGGCUGCUAAUGCUUUACUCACACUUGCAGCUUAAUAAUAAUCAGUUAUAAUUUGUAAUAACAAAUAGCUUAUUAGAUCUUGUGGGGGCAGGUCAAUGAAACCCAGUAGCAAAACGACACAAUAUUUCUGAAUCGGCCAGGAAGGUCUGGCAUAAGUGAGAAUUUAACUCACUCCUGUCCUCAUUGGCCCUUUGCAGUUCUUGCCACUGGCACCUAGACACAAGAGUCUUGGCUCCAGUCGACAAGUAAGAGGGCAGCGGGUUUGUUGCAGGUUUUUUUAGCUUCUGAGCCUGCAUAGCAUGGCAGGCGCUGAUUGAGCAGCUAAGCGCCUGGCAAUUUUUUUUUAGUACCAUGGAUGUAAUUUCUUUGUUUUAUGACUCUGCCCCUACUAUCUAAUCAAAUCAUGUGAUCAUUAUAUCAUUGAUCAUAUGAUUAUUAUCUAUUUAAGUAUUACUCUUUGUGUGUUGAUAAUCAAGGUCUUAAAGAUAGUUUUAAUCAUACAAAUUUUAUAGCUGAGUUUUUAUAUAAACUUGCAUUACUUAUAUAACUAGAAGGGGCAGUAUGCACAGGAAGAAAUGUUGCGUGCUUCAGUAGAGGGUAACUCCUUUAUUUGCUUGCAACUUUUAACUUGUACACACUGUCCAUGGGAGAGCAUAAUCAAUACAUAUCGUAGUUUACAUAUAUUUUGGUAUAUCCUAAUCAUAUCCAUGGAAUAAUCAUGGUAAAUAUUGUUUAUUAAAGCGUGUUGAUUAUGUGGUUUAUAUGUUUUGGUAUAUCCUAACUAUAUCCAUUGUGUAAUGGUAAAACUGGCUAUUUAAUGCGUGCGGAUUAAAGGCUGAUAUGCCAAAUGUUAGAAAGGUGUGAAUGCUUUUCUGGUCAUUUCUUAUUGCUGUUAUAUAAUUUACGACACAAAUCGUCUUUGGUUUAUAGGUCUCAUACACUGUUGUCGGAAUUCUCUACCAACUGGUACAUUAUUCCACAAGUGGGUAAUUGGAAUGUAGCCUCCAAAAGGUUGCCACCGUGACCGCGAGGACGCGUGUGGGGUCACCUGCGAGGUUCGCGUGAAUUGAUACCGACGCGGUUCUUUAAACGUUUGAUUUUCAGAGCGACCUUGCAAGCUAAUAAACUGUCAAAAUGACGUUAAAUGUUUGGUAGAUAGUCUAAAUUUGUAGUCUUGUUCGGGUGGAGGGAAGGAUUAACCCCGGGGGAUUAACGUAAAUUAAAUUUUGCUCUAGGUGGAUUAUCAAACAUCGCGUCUUUAAAAAAUUCAGCUGGUUGACAUUAUGUUUAUAUGCUUAAAUUUUCCCGUAGCACAGUUUUCAACCCUCCUGAAUUACGUCAACAACAUUCACAAAUUGUUGGGCAACUUGUAAACAUUUUUUGUCAGCCGACAACAGCGGUGCCCUCCUAUUCUUUCAACCCUGUGACUAAAAAUAUUGAACGCCUGUUGUAAUUUUAUCCGGCAAGUAUGGCAGGUCAGAUUCUGCAUGUCAAAAAACAGGUCACCCGGCCUACUACAGAUCAAUAAACAAGACCAGAAGUGUCUUCUAGCCGUAAACCCUAUCCAAAAUGUUGUUUUUUAUCGAGGGGAAACUAUUUGGUUUAGUUCGCCGGUCAAUAAAACAGUGACCAGUAUAAAUCGUGACCCAUGGAAAGCGACCUGUUUGAGAAACCUCUCUUUUCUACUUUUCGUCAACAAUUGAACUCUUAAAAACAUAACAGUGUCUUACGUAGUGAAAUACACUAAUGAUCAGUGCGUACAUUUGCUCGUUAUUUCUCAAAGAGUACAAACAAAAUGGUCUAGAAACACUUACGUUUCGCCUUGCUUGUCACGUUUGGUUAUCAUGAGAUGACCGUAUGUCACGAGAGCCUCCUUCACGUUGAAAAUGGACAGCGGCAAACGAGCGCCCCUCCAUCCGCGGCGGGAAAGUGUCAUCUUGAUCACGUGACUAUCCGUUUUUAAAAUUGCAAUCAAGCAUUCCAUUUCAAUCAACUUCAAUCAUCACGCAAUAUUUUAAUAGUAAAAACCAUUAAUAAACUUGCGGCCCUGACUGAAGAAUUAAUGUGAAGAAUUAAUCACAUAUCUUGAAAUAAUGCUCAAAGGAUAUGUUUACUCAGACUCGUACCCAUGGCUUUUCCUUCACAUUUGAGGGAAAUAGCUGAGUACGCGGUUGCUCGUACAGUCAUAUCAGCAGCAAAAAAUGUUGAAAAACAGUUCAAAAUAAACAAACGUUGUCUUGCUACUGGAAGAGUACGCGCCGCGCAGAGGAAUUGCUCUUAAGUAUGGCGCAGUAUUUGAGUAACUGAAAUGAGGUGAUUUUUUAAUGUUUCGGCAGUGCAUGGCUGAAAAAAGGGAGUUGGAUGACGUUAACAACUUCGUUAGGUAGGCCUACGUAGAGUAACACCGCCCAUACACAAUUCUUUUACUAUAAGUCGUAUCAAGCUGACAUAUACUGGUCCCCGAACGGUUGCCUACGCCACUUCAGAAGGAAGACAUUGUGAUCUGCCACUCAGUACGAAAGGAAAACUAUAUCCUGUCUAUACUAGACCCAUACUAUGGUUAAGAUCGACCCGUCUCUUAGUGAGACUAAGAAAGUUUAGUUUUAACUUUCUUAGAAGUGUUACAACACUUCUCGGAACGCAUUAUAUCGAGCUAGGGCUUAGGUGGGCAUCGUGUUGUGAAAUAUUACAUAACAUAGUUAUGCGGAAAGAAAUAGUUCAAGAGAAGAGACUCUGCUGAGACAGAGAGAUGAUGAUAAUGAUGAAAGACUUAACCUUAUGGUGAGUGUACACCAUCAGCGGGAGACAAUCAUUAUAUCUCUACAGGUAUCGUUUUUAAUACAGUUACCUUUCAACAAGGUUUCUUCUAAUCCACUGCUCCAAUGCACCUCUCAAUGCCAAGAAUGCUUGUUCGAUAAUUAAUUUAUUAGUCACAUGUAUUGAAUGCCUCAAAUCCGUGCUGCGACAGAAAUUCCAGUUGUGAGUGGAACAAUCGUUCUUGGUUUCAUUCAUAACAGAGAGCUUGAAGUGUCUUGUAAACGUAGGCCAGCUAAAAGUAAGAAAUAAAAUCCUGCUUCUGAAUCCAAAGCAGGAGAUAUUAGGAAGGUUUUUAUGUGUAUUUUAACGGCCUUUACAGCAUCCGGGUUCUUUCUGGGACACCAGCGGAACAUUUUCAUCUGCUUUGCACAAGUGUUGAAUGAAAAUGGUGUGAUCUCGUUUGGCUUGAUCACCCCAGUUAAGGUUAUGCUGAAAAAAAAAAACAGCUCUCAAGCAUAAUAACUACUCCAUUCGCAGGAAUACUGAAAUGACUGAAACAAUAAUGUUAUUAUUAUUGUCCCAUUUACAGUACAUUGAUCAUGACUUACUCUGAAGCCACAAGUUUUACAAAAUAGAUCUAAGCAUUGAGUUUCCAAAGACAUUUUUGCAGUGUCAUCAAACCCGACCUUCUGGUAAGUCUUUUGGAACUUUGACGAACUAUACAAGAUACGGUAAAAUUUCGAAAAUAAACCCCUCCAUGUAUAAGCCCCUCCAAAUAUAAGCUCCCCAAACUCGUGGCGCAAAAACUAUAAGCUAACCCAAUCGAUUAAGAGACGCAAAUUUCCCUCCAAGUAUAAGCCUAGCCGAUUUUGAAACCAGAACUUCCCUCCGUAUAUAUAAGCCCCUCCGAAUAUAAGCUCCUCCAAAAAUAAGCCCCUCAAAAAGGGCCUUUGAAAAAUAUAAGCCCCGGGGCUUAUUUUCGGAAUUUUACGAUAUCUGAUAUAUGCCAAUCUAUGCCCACAUACGUGAAUCGUGAUACUCUCAUUGUUUUCGCAAAGUUACUUAUCCUGUAUUCAGCACGUGCUUUGACAAAGUACUUUUCAGUAUGCACGUGCCCAACAGGCGUAUCCUAAAUUGAGCUUCAUGCCCAGGGCUUUCUCUGCUACAUUCCUUUCAUACGAGUUGGAGUGCGUGGGGAUCUGAAAAUGCUAGGAAUGUAGAUUUUUGACAGCUCACCUUUGUCCUGGUGACCACGGGCCCCCUGGACUUUUCUGCAAAAAAAUUAAACCGGGGAUGCAUGAGGAACUCCCUAAAUUUGACUUCAUCAGGAGCUGAUGACUACACGCGCACGCGGUUGCUCCGCUCGAAAGGGGUCAAUUCACACUUCAAAACGGGUCAAGAAUGGGUAGAUCAAAUAUUGAAAACUCCAAAAGAAACCCCGUACGGUUCAGUGUAAGCAAAAUUCAAGAUACUGAAGGCCCAGAUUAUCUGUUUUAGGUAAUUUGUUGUAGGAGCAAAUAUAAAGUUUAUUGUAACUAGACCAAUACCUCCCUUUGGAGAGUAAGGCGCAAUAAAGAUAUACUGUACCACACCAUACUAUUUAAGCAUUAUAAGCAGUUUUUCAAGCGAAAAGAAGGUCAAAAUUGGACAGUAACCCAUGCAAGAGUGGUCUCCUGCUCAAGUGCUAUUAGUCUCGUCACGCAACGCUCCUCCCCAAAAGAACGGCGUUACGUAACAAGCGGUUGCGCAGGGGACUUUUAGAAGAGGGGCUAGACCGGUAUGGGAUCGGGAGGCGGAGCCGUCCCCGCUCGUACCCCACCCCAAACCCGCCCCUCUCGCGCGCGCUUCACACGAAUGAAGGCGCCAAGAGUCAUACUUUGCCGAAUAUGCGUAUCUACAACAAACAACUAUAUUUUAGGAACUUCACUAAAUAAACAUUAAACUACUCAUACGAAUAAUGAAUGAGAUCGUUACACAUGUAAAUCAAGAUUAUAGCAUACAGUUUUAUAAAAGCGAAAUCGAACACGUGAAUAUGCCGUGCCUGGGUAAUAAUUCGACGUUAAUGGGUUACAUAUUUACCACGCUGUCGAAGGCGUUUACAGGGUUUAGCUUUGUGAAACAAUAAGAGGGGGUUUUGGAUUCGUCUGUACUCCUGAACCCAAAAUUAAACAUACAGGUCAAGUGCAACCGCGUAACGCCGAACUACAAAUACUGAAAAGACAUCAAAACGGGGCCAUUGGUCGGCGUAAAGAGAGGCGAGACGGACACAGAGACGAAGAGAGGGCACCACGAUCACAGGCUAAGGUACGUUGAACCGAAGUUUUGCUCCAAAUUCUCCAUUUUAGCACUUUGAACACAACAGUAAAUUUCCUAUACAAGGUCUAGAAAUCCCUUGUUGCGUAAUAUAGAGGCAAGGUAUUAGAUAUUUACUAGGUUAUAAAGCAGAUGACUUGUACCCAUCCGGCGUACAUUGCUCACUGCCUGUGCGUUGACAAGGUGCUCCUAUUGCCCCCGCUAAAGGAAUAAAUAUUUCCAAGAUAAAUAGUCUCCCUCGUUCGUAGCCAAGUUCAUUCCUGCUACAAUUGAUUUAAAUCAGACAUCAGACUGCACUUUUCACGGCCGGAUCAAUCAACAAAGGUUUCACUGAUUACUGAAGCUUCUUAAUUUCUGCAGGCGCAACGAAUCGACAAAACAGGACCUUUUACGUAAGAAUUGAACAUGGUGUUCGUAGACCAGAAGCAGAAGUCCUUAGAAGUCUUAGACUGGGUGAUAAUUGGAGCUUAUUUUCUUGGUUGCAUAUUUGUUGGUUUGUGGGUGAGUAACUCGUUAAUUUCAUUUUUUAUUUGAAAAAGUGGGUAAGGCUAUUCAUGAAGCAGACACUUCAAAUACUUCAUCUCUGGUUACAAAAGGCGCCCCUGAACGAUCAGAUUAAAUCUACGCUCGGUUAUCACGCAAGAUAAAAAUAUUACAUUUUUAGUUGUUUACACAUUUAUUUAUAUUUGUGUUUAUUUAUUUGUCUGUUUAAUUAAUUUUUGGAUCGAGUUUCUAUCGUGCAGAUCGAAAAGUUGUUGUUAUUGAAAAUCAGCUUCAAGAAGUUGCAAAAGCUAAAAAAAAGUGCAUAAUAGCCGCGCGCUUUUCUGCUGUGGGAUUGUACUAAGGAAAGGCGAGUUUUUUAGGAAUCUGGUGAUCUUUUUCAUUCUCUUUAGCUUAACGUCCUCUCUCGUAUCGAGGAGAAAGGGACAAAGGCUAGAGAAUUUUGCGUGAGCAAGAUGAGAUAAAAUGGUUAACUCCCCCGUGCAAAAAAUCCAACACGCGAACGUGCUCGCAGGCUAUUUUCGGAUAGAAAGAAGCUGGAACGACCUGCUUGUGGCGUGAGGUAUCAUCAGACGUCGGACGAAAGUUGGAGUCUCAAAAUUCUUUAAAAAGCCAUUUUUAAGCACACCUUUUAAAAUAAUUCGUAUUUUGUCUUGCACAUGUACAGCAUGUGUCGCUUAAUUUUUUCAAUUGUAUUGAUCCACUUCUAUCGUCAACUCAUUACCUAAACAGCGUCGAUUGGUUAGAAUGUUUAUACCAGACUGAAUUCCACCUUUUCUUGAUCUUUAAUUGUGCUCAUGAUUUUUCCAUGCUCCUGAGACUAUCAAAUUUCCCCUUUGCAACAAACCCUCCAAGCUCUAAGAGCAAAAAAGUUUAUAAGUUGUAAUCGGUUGGAGAUUUAUUCCUACUGCGUUAGAAGAAAAGUUUUGGUGUAUUAAUACUGGAUUUUUAAGUUCGCGCCAAAUUAACAGAUAACGAAGACCUUUGUAGGUUAUCUAAACCAUCAUUCCGGGAAAAUCCAUAUCCGAUCCGUGCCCAGAAGUCACGCCAUGCACUGUACAGCAAAACACGUGAUCGGCCACGUGAACUGUACACUAGAAGGAGGAGGCUCUCUAAGGUGACUGUAGCUCUCCCCUUCCCUUAUUAUUAUCCAAUUUUAAUUUCUUUUUCGUAAAACCAGUGGGAGCCUUUGAUGAGGAGAGAGAUCGAGCUGAGAGGCAGGGCGAGACGAACCAGCGCACGCGAUAGUAUCACUGGCGGGAAAGGCAAUGCGCGCGCUUACCAUUUAUUAUUAAAAGGGUACUUCAUAUUGUUGUUGUUGUAAACUCUCAAUUAUCUCUCACAGUCCAAGUUUAAGAAACAGAAAGGAAAGGAUGAAACUGCUGAAACGUACUUUUUGGCCGGAAGAUCCAUGCUGUGGUGGGCAGUGAGUACAGCUUGUUUGUUAAUUUACAAUAAUUCCCACCCAUUCGGUCAUUUGUUUAUUAGCGCGACCAGCGCAAAAGCUUAUUCAAGCCGAGUAGCAUGUAAUUGUAAAGCAGAAGGAUGCAGUGGAAAAAAUUAAACAUAGUUCCCGAUAGAACAGAACGGAGGAGAAAUCGAGUUUCCCCUAGCUUGUCUUUGCUAGGUAAUGGGCAGUAGGCGCCAGGCUUAGAUAAUUGGACAGCACGACCCCAUAGAGCGCAGUGUAAUAGGACAGUUUUAAAGCACUUGAUUGGUUCCUUGUUAUUUCGUGUCUAGGCAAAACCACUCUUAAGUUUUGCUCCAAAUUCUCCAUUUUAGCACUUUGAACACAACAGUAAAUUUCCUAUACAAGGUCUAGAAAUCCCUUGUUGCGUAAUAUAGAGGCAAGGUAUUAGAUAUUUACUAGGUUAUAAAGCAGAUCACUUUUACCCAUCCGGCGUACAUUGCUCACUGCCUGUGCGUUGACAAGGUGCUCCUAUUGCCCCCCGCUAAAGGAAUAAAUAUUUCCAAGAUAAACAGUCUCCCUCGUUCGUAGCCAAGUUCAUUCCUGCUACAAUCGAUUUAAAUCAGACAUCAGAGUGCACUUUUCACGGCCGGAUCAAUCAACAAAGGUUUCAGUGAUUACUGAAGCUUCUUCAUUUCUGCAGGCGCAACGAAUAGACAAAACAGGACCUUUUACGUAAGAAUUGAAUAUGGUGUUCGUAGACCAGAAGCAGAAGUCCUUGGAAGUCUUAGACUGGGUGAUAAUUGGAGCUUAUUUUCUUGGUUGCAUAUUUGUUGGUUUGUGGGUGAGUAACUCUUUAAUUUCAUUUUUUAUUUGAAAAGUGGGUAAGGCUAUUCAUGAAGCAGACACUUCAAAUACUUCAUCUCUGGUUACAAAAGGCGCCCCUGAUUGAUCAGAUUAAAUCUACGCUCGGUUAUCACGCAAGAUAAAAAUAUUACAGUUUUAGUUGUUUACAGAUUUAUUUAUUUUUGUGUUUAUUUAUUUGUCUGUUUAAUUAAUUUUUGAAUCGAGUUUCUAUCGUGCAGAUCGAAAAGUUGUUGUUAUUGAAAAUCAGCUUCAAGAAGUUGCAAACGCUAAAAAAAAGUGCAUAAUAGCCGCGCGCUUUUCUGCCGUGGAAUUUUACUAAGGAAAGGCGAGUUUUUAGGAAUCGGGUGAUCUUUUUCAUUCUCUUUAGCUUAACGUCCUCGUAGGCUGUAUCGAGAAGAAAGCGACAAAGGCUAGAGAAUUUUGCGUGAGCAAGAUGAGAUAAAAUGAUUAACUCCACCGUGCAAAAAAUCCAACACGCGAACGUGCUCGCAGGCUAUUUUCGGCUAGAAGAAGCUGGAACGACCUGCUUGUGGCGUGGGGUAUCAUCAGACGUCGGACAACCACUUUAAAAGACCAUUUCUAAGCACACCUUUUAAAAUAAUUCGUAUUUUGUCUCGCACAUGUACAGCAUGUGUCGCUUAAUUUUUUCAAUUGUAUUGAUCCACUUCUAUCGUCAACUCAUUACCUAAACAGCGUCCAUUGGUUAGAAUGUUUAUACCAGACUGAAUUCCACCUUUUCUUGAUCUUUAAUUGUGCUCAUGAUUUUUCUAUGCUCCUGAGACUAUCAAAUUUCCCCAAAGGCAACGAACCCUCCAAGCUCUAAGAGCAGAAAAAAUUUAUAAGUUGUUAUCGGUUGGAGAUUUAUUCCUACUGCGUUAGAAGAAAAGUUUUGGUGUAUUAAUUCUGGAUUUUUAAGUUCGCGCCAAAUUAACAGAUAGCGAAGACCUUUGUAGGUUAUCUAAAUUAUCAUUCCGGGAAAAUCCAUAUCCGAUCCGUGCCCAGAAGUCACGCCAUGCACUGCACAACAAAGCACAUGAUCGGCCACGUGAACUGUACACUAGAAGGAGGAGGCUCUCUAAGGUGACUGUAGCUCUACCCUUUCCUUAUUAUUAUUAUUAUUAUUAUUAUUAUUAUUAUUAUUAUUAUUAUUAUUAUUAUUAUUAUUAUUAUUAUUAUUAUUAUUAUUAUUCAAUUUUAAUUUCUUUUUCGUAAAACCAGUGGGAGCCUUUGAUGAGGAGAGAGAUCGAGCUGAGAGGCAGCGCGAGACGAACUAACGCACGCGAUAGUAUCACUGGCGGGAAAGGCAAUGCGCGCGCUUACCAUUUAUUAUUAAAAGGGUACUUCAUAUUGUUGUUGUUGUAAUUUCUCAAUUAUCUCUCACAGUCCAAGUUUAAGAAACAGAAAGGAAAGGAUGAAACUGCUGAAACGUACUUUUUGGCUGGAAGAUCCAUGCUGUGGUGGGCAGUGAGUACAGCUUGUUUGUUAAUUUACAAUAAUUCCCACCCAUUCGGUCAUUUGUUUAUUAGCGCGACCAGCGCAAAAGCUUAUUCAAGCCGAGUAGCACGUAAUUGUAAAGCAGAAGGAUGCAGUGGAAAAAAUUAAACAUAGUUCCCGAUAGAACAGAACGGAGGAGAAAUCGAGUUUCCCCUAGCUCGUCUUCGCUAGGUAAUGGGCAGUAGGCGCCAGGCUUAGAUAAUUGGACAGCACGACCCCAUAGAGCGCAGUGUAAUAGGACAGUUUUAAAGCACUUGAUUGGUUCCUUGUUAUUUCGUGUCUAGGCAAAACCACUCUUGGCAGAUCAUGAUUAUAAUUAAACACAAGUUAAAAUUAUCACAAAUCCUCGUGCCCCUAUCUCAAAUUUUGUUAAGUGUUAAUUAAUUGGUAACAGACUGUCUAAANUCCCUUAUUAUUAUCCAAUUUUAAUUUCUUUUUCGUAAAACCAGUGGGAGCCUUUGAUGAGGAGAGAGAUCGAGCUGAGAGGCAGGGCGAGACGAACCAGCGCACGCGAUAGUAUCACUGGCGGGAAAGGCAAUGCGCGCGCUUACCAUUUAUUAUUAAAAGGGUACUUCAUAUUGUUGUUGUUGUAAACUCUCAAUUAUCUCUCACAGUCCAAGUUUAAGAAACAGAAAGGAAAGGAUGAAACUGCUGAAACGUACUUUUUGGCCGGAAGAUCCAUGCUGUGGUGGGCAGUGAGUACAGCUUGUUUGUUAAUUUACAAUAAUUCCCACCCAUUCGGUCAUUUGUUUAUUAGCGCGACCAGCGCAAAAGCUUAUUCAAGCCGAGUAGCAUGUAAUUGUAAAGCAGAAGGAUGCAGUGGAAAAAAUUAAACAUAGUUCCCGAUAGAACAGAACGGAGGAGAAAUCGAGUUUCCCCUAGCUUGUCUUUGCUAGGUAAUGGGCAGUAGGCGCCAGGCUUAGAUAAUUGGACAGCACGACCCCAUAGAGCGCAGUGUAAUAGGACAGUUUUAAAGCACUUGAUUGGUUCCUUGUUAUUUCGUGUCUAGGCAAAACCACUCUUGGCAGAUCAUGAUUAUAAUUAAACACAAGUUGAAAUUAUCACAAAUCCUCGUGCCCCUAUCUCAAAUUUUGUUAAGUGUUAAUUAAUUGGUAACAGACUGUCUAAAAUCGAGCUCGCGAUAAAACAAUUUACCCCCCGCUACUCGGUCGUCCGAUUUUGUUGAAUCACUUAAACGAUUACAGAUUGAAUUCAGUUGCACUCAGUCUCACUACAAUUAAUUAUCAUUGUCGUGAUUAAAAAAAAAUCGGACCCUGACGAUCUGCUUUGUUGAAUCACUUCUAUGAUUAGAGAACGAAUUGGACUCAACUCAGCUCGACGUUUUAUCAAAAGCUGUUACAUACCAUUAUAAAUAUCUACCCUGAGUAAUGACUGGCUGACGUGAUUAACCAGAGUUAUUUCUUUAUAUCGGGUUUUGUGAUUGUCAAUUGAAAAGCAAUCUGUUACAGCAAAUAAAGGUAACUCUAACUGACUCUAGCAAAGACAGCAAAUACAGUCAACGCCCAAAACGCCCAGUUUCCCCUCUUACAAAGAUGAAAAUUGCCCUCGAUUUACAAACGCCGUGAGACAUGAGGGGUCUACUGCAGUCUGUAUUAACAUCGCAAGUGUCCCAAGGAUUUAGGUCUGAGGUUAUGACAUUUCAAAAGGAAAAGACCUUGCCAUUCGUCGGUUAUUUUCUUUUACUCUCUAAAAAGUCGUGAAAACUUUCUAUAUAUGAACACGUUGAAUCAAUCCCUACGGCGGUUCCCUAAGGCCGAAACUCGUUUUUGAAGGAGGACAUUUAUUGCCGGUAUAUUUCACAAGUCUCUGUCCAAGAGAAAGUAGACUAUACGUGGCAUCAUGCAUGAUUCACAGUCAGCUGUCAGACUUGUUAAACAUAUUUUCUAGGUUGGACCCAGUCUUUUUGCUAGUAACAUGGGAAGCGAACAUUUUGUGGGUUUGGCCGGCUCUGGAGCUGCAACUGGAAUUGCUGUGGUGGCAUACGAGUGGCAGGUAUCACAUUUAUUUCACGUGUUUUCAAUACAUUAAUACUCUUACUCCUAAUUAUAAAAUUUCCAAAAAAUUCAAUUUUUUUUUGUAGUAUUCUAAGAAGUAAAUAAUACUAUUCAAAAGUUCGGACAAAGACGUUUGUUUCAUUUGAAUGGAAACACGGCAUAGGAUUUCGUCCACAUGAUUUAAAAACUAGAGAAUUCAUUUGUCAUUGCUUGGUCUAUUACUGAAAGUUCUAAUCACGUAAUCCAUACUUGCAUACUGAAUAAUGCAAAAUACCUGAUGUGUAAUGAUCUCGAAUACACAUAACUACACCUUUCAAGCAGAUAUUAUGAGGAUUUGUCUAGGUUUUAAUGGCAAUAUUCCCUUUACAGGCUAGCUGGAUUUUGCUUCUUCUUGGCUGGAUUUUUCUGCCAAUCUACUUGAGAUCACGGGUGAGUUUCUUUUUCCUUUUAGUGUAAGUUAUCUUUCUUGGCUUAGCCAAGUAAACGACUUGAUAUUUUUUUUCUGCCUUUUUUGUCUUCGUAUUUUAGUGCUGAUGAGAACUUUAGAACAGCAGGUCAAAUCAUGAAAUGUUUGUAACACUUUUUGUCUCUCAUUCCUCGCGUAAUAGGUUUUUACGAUGCCUGAAUACUUACAGAAGAGAUUCCAAAGUCGUUGGGUCAGGACGUAUUUGACCGCCGUUGCUCUCAUUUCUUAUGUAUUUACUAAGACUUCGGUACGUUAGUAUUAUUUAACACAAUUGUGAUAUGUUAUUUUUAGUAAACACGAAUGUGCUUUGGAGUAUUUUUCGAGGUCUCUUUCGUGUUAUCAAAUUAAUACGCCAAUUCAAGUUGAUCUAGGGGAGAAGCCAUUCACGCAAAAUUUUUCUGAGUGUUAGAACUUAUAAGGUGAGCUUUGGGACCUUGUAAGGGAGACUUGGGUGCGGUGUCUAUUCAAAUACGUAUACGUUGGUAUUAAAAGUUUUUUCUUCAGUCCCGUGGGGGACUCCAAUAUAAAAGGGACGGGAAUGCGCGUAAGUGGAAUUAAAUCUCUAAAGAAGAUAAAGGGGACCAAUCUGGGCGUGGCUUCCCCGUAAGUUGUUCAAAACAUUCAGAGUAAGUGUUUCGUUCGAGCGCCAGGACAACUGCUGUUCGAUUUUUAAACAUUAGAUAAUCUUUCAUCGGAAGCCCUUUGGACACCUCCCUAAAUCAUGCACACCUGCAAAUUGAACCAGCUAUAGCUGACGUUAACGAUAUAUGAGCCUUCGAUGUCUCAGCUCUCGCAUACAACACAAUCGUCUCUAGGCCUUUUUAGUUUGGAAUCAUGAGAGCAUUGUUCGAUGAUUCACCCUUUGGAAAAUCUGUAGACUGGGCUUAUCGUUAACUACAAUUUUUUUCAGGUGGAUAUCUACGCUGGUAGCGUAUUUCUGUACGAAGCUGUUGGUUGGAAUAUUUAUAUUUCCGCCGCUUGUAUUUUGGCCAUCACAGCCGUUUACACCGUCCUGGGUAAGAUAGUAGGAUUUAAAAGUAAGCUCCAUGACCGAAAAUAAAGUCGAAGCUCACAUGCUUAACGAAACAAUCGCAUGUCACUAUGAUGCCAGAGUUCCCUUAAGGGACCUUGGAUGGGCCGCUUUUUCUAAAUCUCGUGGUCAUGGUGUCGUUCCAAAUAGUUCCCAGAUGGUUUUUUUGCGUUCUGAUCGGUCAUGAAAUUUUGUAUCUGCUUUGAUCAGUCGAUUAGUGAGUUCUUUUCAUUUUAAGACCCUCAAUCGAAAACCCCUCUGCAUGUGGAGUGGAGUGCCUGCAACUAGCUGGAAAAGCCAAGUGCACUUUCCACUAUAAACAAACCUUUAACCUGUAAUCAAGUCUCAUGAAUCAUAUUCUACAGCUGUUUUUUGUCUCACACCCCUUACAGUCAUUUAUUACAAUCCUUCCCCUUAAGUCUGUUUCAAACUGCUUAUCCGAUUGGAUAUUUCAUCCACUACCGCACUUCGGAAACGUCACUCUACCCAUCGCAAAUCUUCCAACUUCUGUUACUGNGACACGUCCCUCAGCGGCGAUGAGCGAGGAGAAACGUCUGCCGUUCGCAGGCUAAAAUGUCGAUACAUGGGCGCUACCUGGACAACUAAGCAUUUUGAAAGAUAUGUUAAAUGAAGAGAAGACAUCGUGUUUUGACGAAAUCCUGUUGGCAGUGUCAAAGUUUCCAGAAGCAGAACAAAAUAUCUGUAAGCUGCUUGCUGUAAAUCCUGCUACCAGCGCCACUAUACUGGGGAGCGUUUAUUCUCAUCUGCACGGCCAUAGGAUGGAUCGCGAAAGGUUUAGCAACCUAGCAAUGAACAGACAGUGUCUCUAUAGGGUUGCACAGGAGUUUGUUUCCCGCAAUGAGAACCGCAACUUCAACAAGUAGCAAUCUUAAGUAGGUUUAUUUAACAUAUUGACUAUAUUGGAUAGUAUACCACGUGUGGACCUUUAUGUUACAUUCAUUGAGGCUGUAAAUAGGAUGGCGCGCAAGUGCAAUUUAAGUGGCAAAACGCUGACCUUAAUGUUUUCUUGUACUGGCCAGAUUUUUUAGCCCUACCACUUUAAAAUGGUCUCCGCGGUCCAUGUAGUAGGAUUUAAAAGUAAGCUCCAUGACCGAAAAUAAAGUCGAAGCUCACAUGCUUAACGAAGCAAUCGCAUGUCACUAUGAUGCCAGAGUUCCCUUAAGGGACCUUGGAUGGGCCGCUUUUUCUAAAUCUCGUGGUCAUGGUGUCGUUCCAAAUAGUUCCCAGAUGGUUUUUUUGCGUUCUGAUCGGUCAUGAAAUUUUGUAUCUGCUUUGAUCAGUCGAUUAGUGAGUUCUUUUCAUUUUAAGACCCUCAAUCGAAAACCCCUCUGCAUGUGGAGUGGAGUGCCUGCAACUAGCUGGAAAAGCCAAGUGCACUUUCCACUAUAAACAAACCUUUAACCUGUAAUCAAGUCUCAUGAAUCAUAUUCUACAGCUGUUUUUUGUGUAUGUCUCACACCCCUUACAGUCAUUUAUUACAAUCCUUCUCCUUAAGUCUGUUUCAAACUGCUUAUCCGAUUGGAUAUUUCAUCCACUACCGCACUUCGGAAACGUCACUCUACCCAUCGCAAAUCUUCCAACUUCUGUUACUGGCUUGUUAAAUCUUUGGUCCCUUUCCCACUUCUUUUCUGGUCUUCUUUUUUCCCUUUUACCGUUCAUCCUUCCAUCUAAAAUGAUCUUCUCUAAUCCGUCACUCCUUUUCCAAUUUUAUAAUAACCGAAAUAUUUUAGGUUUUGUUUCCUUGCACAAAGUCCUCCUUCCCUUACGCUAAGAAGUUAAUUGACAUCUGCGGUUUUCAAUAGAGGGGUGACUGUGAACACGUAUACAAAGCUCUUCUUCGUUAGUAUGACUGACUUUUCCUUUUUCUUUCUAUAGGUGGACUGACAGCUGUAAUCUUUACCGAUGUUCUUCAGUGUGUAAUUAUGAUUAUAGGCGCAGUUAUAUUGGCAGUAAUGAGUAAGAGCAAUGCUUUCCUUUUUAUAAUAAUCGAUUUAGAAAUACAUUUUAAAACAAAAAUCAACGAUAUAAAAGAAACUUGAUGUUUUGAUGGCUUCACACUAGAAGCUAAGUUAGUGACAAGUAAGCACUUGAUUCAAGUGCACUUGGAAAUCUUAGGUCGCUCUGAAGAAAACAUGGCUUCACACUUGUUGACAAAGUCUAUUACUUGAAGUAAAAGCUGUUAAUCUCUCCGUUCAUUAGAAUAUUUGAACCGCUGCACGUGCACAUCAUGCACAUGGCUUCUAUUUCUUAUUGGUCAAGUGUGUUCUCAAGUGUGGUGUAGCCCAUACUUGGUGGCGAACUUCGGUUUCUUUGAACUACGAACGUUUCCCUGGUCACCAAGUACAGUUGAAGUAGGUACAUUUGACCCCUUCACACUCAAAGUAGGUUUCAAGUACACUUACAUUAUACGUGAAGCUCUAGUGUGAAGCCAACAAACAUCUCGAGUAUCAGACACUCUAGCUUCCCUCGGCAUUUCUUGAGGAUUUUAAAGUUUUCAAGAUGAUUUACCUGCGUCACUCACUAUUUGUCGAUGAAGUGUUUGCCAGCUAGAGCGGUUUUCAUUUGAGUGUCGAAAAGUAAUUGGUUUUGCACUUUCUACACGAUGCGAUUGGCUUAAAAGAUUCGCGCCACCUUUUCAUCCAAUCAGAAGUAAAACCAAAGCCAAUUGUGACGCGCUCGCAUGCAUUUUCCCGCGCUUUGCGUCAGCCACAUGUAAUUACUUCGAGUUUUGAUUGGUUCAAUGUAUUGUCUGUGUCCUAUGUGAUUGGCCAGAGUAAUUACUUUGGUUUUGGUUUUACGACACUCAAACGAAAACCACUCUAUUGGGUAAACGCAAGUAUUGAUUCGAAUUAGUGGUUCCAGUAGUUCAAACCAUGGCCCAAUGAUGUAUAGAGUUCCAAUCGCUUAUAAGAUUCACUUAGUGGGCUGCUAAUUAUCUGAUUUCAGGCUUCGUGAAAGUUGGCGGCUACAAUGGUUUGUGGGAACAUUAUGGGAAUUCUUUGGGUAAGUCAGUUCGCACAGCAAAAGCGCCUUUGACAACAUUAAUGACCAACGUCUCCACAACAGCUGCAACAACAAUGGUCACCACGGACAAUACCACCCCAACAUUGCCAACAACAACAGCACUGUUGUCAACAUUGGCAGGUAAUGUCUCCACCGCAGCCGCUACAGUUGCAACAACAGUGGUCAACGCCACCGCAAAUUUUACCCAAAUAAUACCCACUAACGCCACCACCAAGUCCACAACAGCACAGCUGACCACAUUGGCCACCGAUGUCUCAACAUCAGCUGCAACAAUUGCAACGACAUUGGUCAAUGCCACAACCAGUAUGACUCAAAUAAUGUCGACAAACCUGGCAGCAGAAUCAGAAUGUUUUAAGUUGACUGAAUAUUGGAGUAACAUGUUUCGACCUCUUGAUGAUCCUGACUACCCCUGGUUGGGAUUGUGGAUAACACUGCCAAUCAUGGGAGUCUGGUACUGGUGUACUGAUCAGGUAUGGGCCUUCGAGUCCCACUGCAGUUAUACGCCGCCUAAGGCGUUUCUAUUAUUAUAUUAUUCUCCGGGAUUUUAUUUACCAGCAAGUGGAAAUAUCUAUCAGGAUCAACCUCGUUCCCAGGGUCCUUCCUACUCAGCCCCCGUGGCGCGAGAGGAGAAGAUCCUGGGAACGAAGUUGGUAUCAGGAUGUGUAAAUUAAUUCGUUAACGUGACUAUCUUUCAUUUUUUUUCUCAAAAAAUAUUGAGCUCCUUCUCGUUGAAAGCGUUUUUGUGACCCAGUAAAAACCAUGCUGAUAAAAUGGCGUCGACAAAAGAGUGUUUUACUUGACACGUGAAACAGAUACUCAACUACUGCAAAAUAGCUACAAGUAAACAAAAGAAGAUAAUGGAAUUAGUGCAUACAUUGUAAUAGUGCGUAGUAUUCUACUACCUAUUUCACGGGUUAAGUAGAAUCACUCUAACACCAGCUUCAAUUUUCAAACACUUAAAACUUGCUUAGUAAACUGAAAUAUCUUAAACUUAGCUUUGUUGUGCUUUUCUUAGCUAUUGCAACUUUCUCUUGGUUGAUCUCGAUACAGUCAGUUGUCGGGAUAAUUAUGCACAAAGUCAUUCACAUUAAUCCUUCUCCAAAGCUCUCGUUUCCUUUAGAGUUGUCCUUCAUGUUGUUGGUAGUUUUGUGUGGCCACAGUAAUGAUAAGGCAUUGUGCAUCAGUAAUUGUAUGUUUAAAAGACACGUUUUACGACGAACGAAAAUGACUUUAGGGGUAGGAGGUGUCUGUUAAAGAAGAUUUGAUUGUAUAACAAUCUAAAUUAAUCCCUUAUGGUGUUUAUACAAUUUAGGUGAUUGUCCAACGAGCCCUCGGUGCUAAGAAUAACACCCAUGCAAAAGCAGGAUCUGUCUUGGCUGGUUUCCUGAAAAUCCUACCAAUUUUUGUCAUGGUUAUGCCUGGAAUGAUCAGUCGAGUGUUGUUUCCUGACUCCAUCGCCUGUCCAGAUCCGGAGAGCUGCAAAGUUCACUGUGGCAAUGAGUUUGGCUGCACAAACAAUGCAUAUCCCAAGUAAGUUAAUGGCGCUUGGUAAGAUAUUUUCGACAUUCUUAGACAACAGUCCGUCUGAAAAAUCGGGCGAGGGUAACUAUUUUGUGACUUAAAAACAACCAUAGUUGGGGUCAUUAUAACCGCGACCUGAAAUGAGCCAGAAAGUUUGGUUGAUGGGUGUAAAGAUUAAAAGAUUAUAACCGUUAAUUGUAAGAAACAUUCUUAUCACAAUUUGCCAAUCUAAGUGUCAUUAUGGUAGCUCGUGAGGACUUUUCGGUGUUUUGACCACUGGUUAAUUAUCACGGAAAUGUCCCAGAAGAGACUAGCCUAAUUUUUCCCUGUCCCCUUUCCUUUCCGACGCCUACUACUCAGGCUAAAAACGCUACCUCGUCAUCAAGACUAUCUUGAAAUUCUUGUUAAUCGCUUCGAAAUUUACAGUAAGUCGCAUUUAACACAAAUGCUCAAGUAGGCGUCUACCGUAAAAAUCCAUCAUCUCAUCAAGACACUCAGUUAUAAGAGCGGGACAAUGAACUGUCAGAGUUAACAAAAAGACAAAUUUUGUACUCACUCUUUUCUAACACUUUGUAGGUUAGUGCUGAACGUUCUUCCGACCGGUUUGGUUGGCCUGAUGUUGGCUGUUAUGAUGGCAGCAUUGAUGUCUUCACUUUCAUCAGUGUUUAACAGCAGUGCUACCAUAUUCACUGUUGAUGUUUGGCUGCGCUUUAGACCCCAGGUACAAAAACACGUACAAUUUACACCCUUAAGAUAAAUAAGUUUUAAUCUAAUGCAUCAAUCUUUUACCACUUCAGGCCAAAGAAAGAGAAAAAGUUAUUGUUGGUCGCGUAAUUGUGGCGGUUCUUGUUGGCGUCAGCUUGUGUUGGCUGCCAAUCAUUCAAGGUAACGUGUUUUCUCCCUUUAGUUUUUCUUUAGAUUUGUCAGAUGUCACGUGUUGUUUCAUCUUUCUGCGUUUGAAUUUAUGACCCUCAUGACUGGCGCUCAAAGGAAAGACGAAAAGAAAAAAACGUGCGUGCGGGAAGGAAAAAAGGCGCCCUCAAUGUUCUCGCAAACUGAAUUGACCAUGAAAAAGUCGUACUAUCUUUGAGCCUAACAUGAAUGUCAGGCCAACACGAAACUCAUGGUGACAAACCAGAAGACUACGCCGUCCAGUUUAAUCUAAAGUCUCGUUUUGUUAUUUUUGUUUUUCAGGCUCUGCUGGUACCCAGCUGUUUGUUUACAUUCAGACCAUUCAAUCCUACCUGGCUCCUCCUAUCACCAUGGUGUUUGGACUGGGUAUCCUGUGGCCUGGCCUCACCUCCGCUGGUGCUUUAUCUGGACUUGUCAUUGGGUUUAUCUUGGGAAUGGCCAAGUUCAUUGCUGGAAACGUGUACCCUGCCCCUAGAUGUGGUGCAGUAGACGAUCGUCCUGGAUUUGCAAAAAUGCAUUUCAUGUAUUAUGGUAAGAAUUUACUUUUGUAACAACACUGUUAACAAACAAACGAAUCCGGCCGCGUUCCCAAAAGCCCCCUAAGCACUCUCUCGCGGUGCGCGUGAUGUCUUAGGAACGAUGAAAUGCGCUCGUGACGUCCUAUCAUCCUCUCUACGCUUGGAGCCUGGGGACGAGAAAGCGAUUCCAGAGCUUGGACUGUCCGUCAGUUUCAAACACGUAUAAAAUAUGUCCGAUGAGACCGUCGCUUUGUGUGAUCAAACUUACUGAGUCCACCUUAAUGGGUCUAUUUUGAAUGUUACUAUUUAUUUACAGCGAUGAUCAUUUUUGGUGUCUGUGGGUUGAUAAUGGCGGUGGUGAGCCUUUUUACGGAGAAAAUUCCCCGGGAUGAACUCGGUGGUCUUACAUGGAGUACUAUCAACGAACCCCCAAUUUCUCACGGAGCACUUGGAGAAGAAGAUGACGCGGAAAAAACUGAAAAUGGUCACGUCAAAAGAGAUUCUAUAGAGUUGUUGAAGAACGGUAAGACAACAGUUAAAGUACUGAAAAUCAUUCAUCUAGAAAUUCAAAUUCGCUUUAUUACACUCCGCUGUGUCUUGAAUCUUUAAUCGUCUUCUCGGUGUUUGCAUAACUAGAUGAAAAACUCCUUCUUGUGUUUAAUAUAAUACUUCUCAGUGUUUGGAUAUCAGAUAAAACAUUCCCUCUCUUCUUUGUGUAUUACACUUCUCGUUGUUUGGAUAUCAGAAGAGACACUCCUUCUCGAGUUUGAUAAACUACUUUUCGAUGUUUUGGAUAUCAGAUGAAACACUCCCUCUCGUGUCUGUGUACUAACUUCUCGGUGUUUGGAUAUCGCGUAAAACAUUCCUUCUUGUGUUUGAUAUAUUUCUUUCUUCUAGGGGGCAAAGAUGAAACCUUCGACUCUCCAGAAGACACUGGCGAGGAAGAGAAACACAAGCUGUCACGCUCAGCUAUAAAGCCUGACAAAAUAAAGCUGACGGUGGUAAAAUUCGCUGAGGAAGAUCCUAUUGUUAAAUGGUUCUUACGGUUCCUGAGCUUCUUGUUGCUUCUUGCUUUGUUGUUCUUGUGGGUGUACUAUCGUUAAAGUACUGUUUGACCUGUUUGUACUAGUGACAAGGUGAUGGGCUCAUAAAGAUACCAAAUGUCGAUACCAUCGACUAUCCACCGAUCUUCUUUGCCUGGAUAUCAAUAUAUGUUCUUUUCGAUAUCGUUUAUCAAUAGAGUAUGACGAGGUCUGGGCACCCUGUGAACUACUUCUCAAGAAAGACUUUGAAUAAUAACUUUACAGUACCAUUAACAAGUAUCGUUAUAGAUACAUGUCGCAAAUAUCGUUAAAUGCCAAAUUGGUGUUGUAUCGAUUUCACAACCAGGUAUCGCCCAUCACUAGUAAACCGUAGACAUCAGCACAACUCUUGAUGUAAAAUAGAAAUACUAUUACACUGUUAUAUCUUUAAAUGUGUUAACUCAUCAACCUCGUUCCCAGGGUUCUCUCUCUCGCUCAGCAGGGACCGGUAGGAGAGAUCCCUGGGAA